ACAAUUUUCGUGACCACAAAAAAGUUCACUGCAAUUGCUAAAAAAGAGAGGAAAAUUUCAUUGCAAAACCGUUGCGGUGAACACUCGAGCACCCCCGACCCCCGUUGCUGCGCUCCCGCGACAUGGUUUCCAUGGCGGCCGCCGCGGCGGCCGUGGGCGUGCUGCUGCCGUUCCCGUUCUACUACGUGCUGUGGACCCACCCGCAGCGGUGGGUGGACUUGUGCGGCCGCAGUGCCGACCCGUGCCGGCGGAUGGCGCAGGUCUCGCACGCCAUCAAGGCGCUUCAGCUCCUCGCGCUCGCCUCCGUCUCUUCAUUCUCCUGGCCCCCGCCUCUGUACUGCCCCAUCCUCCUCGCCGUCGGCCAGUAUCUCAACUUCAGGGUGUAUCAGCUGCUUGGUGAGCCAGGUACCUACUACGGCGUUCGAUUCGGAAAGACGAUCCCGUGGGUGACAGAGUUUCCCUUUGGUUACAUCAAAGACCCACAGUAUGUUGGGAGCAUGCUUAGCCUCGUGGCGCUUCUGUGCUGGGUUCCGCUUCAGUACGUGUUGCUGUGGUGCCUUGGCUAUGUUUUCAUGAUGUGGGUCGAACACAAGGAAGACUCAGCCAGUCGUGCCAAGGUCAUCUCCUAGUUACUUGGUUAUUGCAGCUGAUAGUUUCCUACUGGUGUCCUAGUGACAUUGCAUAAACAUUCUUUCAAAAAAAUUGGUGCAUGAUUGCUGAGAUGUGACCUGCCGUGAUUUCGUACAUUAUAUCAAAGUACUGUGGCAACCUCUAUUCUUGAGUAA